GUAUAACAUGAGAGAGUCGCACGUCGUUGAAGAGCUCACUCAUAUUGAGAUCAAAUCGUCUUUGCUUACUCUUCUAGCUCUAUCACUUUGAACUAGAGACAAAGAAGUGAGAAACUUGAGCUGGAGUUUUCACUCAAUCUUCUCACAACCUUACUUCCAUCUCAUCCACCACAAAACCGCAUCUUACACAAUGACAUCCAAAGACUCACCAAUCCUCAUCGUCGGCGCGGGCGUCUUCGGCCUCUCCCUCGCCUACGAACUCACAAAAAACCGCGGCUACACCUCCGUCACGGUCCUAGACCGCUUCCUCCCGCCCGUCCCCGACGGCAGCUCCGUCGACGUCUCACGCAUCAUCCGCACAGAGUACGCAGACCCGCACUACGCCGCCCUCGCCACGGACGCCUUGCACGGCUGGCAGACGUCGGAGCUGUUCGGCCCACACUACCACCAGUCCGGCUUCGUCAUGAUGGCCGACGAGCGGGAGGGGCCGAGCGCCUACUUUGACAAGUUCCGCAAGUGGGAGAGCGGCGGGAGGCCGGCCAAGGAGUUUUAUGCGCCGCCGCUGGUGGAUGUCGAGGUGAAGAAGCGGUAUAAGGGCGUGCAGGCUGACUUGAAGGAUUUCACGGCCACGUUGAAUGCUAUUGGUGGGUGGGCUGAUGCCGCGGGGGCGAUUAGGGCGCUCGCGGGGCGGUGUACGCUUGCCGGCGUGUCGUUUGUCACGGGUCGACACGGGACCGUCGUCUCGCUUGAGAGGUCUGGCAAUAAGGUUACAGGCGUGAAGACGGCGGCGGGGACGACGCUGUCGGCGGACAAGAUUGUUCUUGCGACGGGGGCGUGGACGAACCGCAUCAUCCCCGGCAUGGGACACGCCAUGUCGGCUUCGGGCCAGCCCGUGGGCUUCAUCCAGCUUUCGGCUGAAGAGGCGGAGAGAGUGAAGGAUAUGCCCGUCAUGAUCAACAUGAGCACGGGCGUGUUCUGCUUCCCGCCUUCCCCGGGGACGAACUUGCUCAAGCUUGCGAGGCACGGGUGGGGUUUCGCGACCGAGGUUGAGGUUGAGGAGGGCGGGGCGGGGAAGAGGACGAUUUCGACGCCGCGGUUGAGGGAGAGUAAUGCCGCGUCUGGGUAUUUGCCGCAGGACGCGGACGAGGAUUUGAGGGAGGGCGUGAGGUUGUUCUUCCCCGAGUUUGCGGAGAGGGAGUGGUGUUAUAAGAGGAUGUGCUGGUACACUGAUACCCCUGAGGGAGACUUUAUUGCGGACUAUCACCCGGAUUUCGAGGGCUUGUUCUUUGCGACUGGUGGUGCUGGACAUGCUUUCAAGUUCCUUCCGGCCAUUGGUCCGCAAGUCGCUGACAGCUUCGAGCGCAGGCCGUCUACGAUAUUGCGGGAGAAGUGGAGGUUGAGACGGCCCACCAGCAGCGAGCAGCCGUUUGGGUUCUCGGGAGAUGGUAGCCGUGCUGGGCCGUUGCUGCGGAAGCUGUCGGUGCAGGAGCAAUCCAAAUUGUGGCCCAUUAUUUGAAAGACCAGGAGGUUUCCCAGCUUCGGAGUAUUGCCUUAUUAAACAAUAUUAAGCAUAGAAGUCCUACAUGUUCGUGGCUG